CGACACUGUUUUCAGAAUCUGUCUAGUUCCAUCCGAGAUUUCCUAAGAUCGACCUACACAACUGCAGGGGUUGCUCUUGAGUAAGUCAAAGGCAGCUUCAGGGCCUGUCGCUUACCUCCAUCGAUGACACCUGCUCUUGAUUGUUGAGUGCGAUUGCUCUCCCGGAUUCCGUGAAAUCCUGCAAUCGAUGCGUCUUCCACCCACAAAAUGCCCAAUAACACUUGGUUCACACAAUACAAAUUCCCAGCAUCUGCAUGUCUUAGCUUCGGACCGUCGCAAGGCAUAGUGUAUCAACUCUCCGACAAGACCGUGGUUAAGGUACCCUUUCAAUAUCCCAUCAGUAGGGGAGUGCCCUUGGACGAAGCAAACGAGCAGAUCUAUAUGUCCCUCCGAAGUUUCGCCAUCUUUAAGAAGGAGAGCGCAUUUUAUGAUGUCCUCGCCAAAAACCCACAUCCAAACCUUGCACAGAGAUUGCCAUGCAAUCGACGCUCCGUUAUUGUUCUCGAACGCUUCCGACCACUGGAACAAGCCUGGAGCUUGCAUACGAAAGAAAUGCGCGUUACUUGGAUCCAGCAGCUACUCAGUGCACUGGACUGGCUUGAGACUCUCGGUUAUACGCAUGGGGAUCUGAAAGUCCACAAUAUGGGUAUUGACGGGAAUAACCAGCUCCGGCUGUUCGACUUCGGCUCAAUCAGGCAUCGUGAUGAUGAAGGAUAUCACGAGCAAGUUCUUGAAGAUCAUUUCACCCUGGCAACAUGCAUCCAUUUUUUGGCAUCUGGUGUCGACCCUAUCGCCAAGGCCACUAGCCUCGCAGAAGUACGACAAACGUUUAGCAUCCUCAAAGGAGGUCAGGGCGCUGUUGACGAAGCGGCAAGGGAGUUUGAGGAAGUGAUUCAGGCGGGUUGGACGGGGGUCGCACCGGCAACCUCUAGUUUCUCACAGUUACGAAAGACGAUUGUAGGCAUCAUCAGGCAGAUUAAUGCAAACUCAGUGGAUCACACAGGGGAUCCUUUCCGCAGCUCACAGUGGGCUCCGGAUGAUUUUGCGGCAGAGGAAGAUAGUAGAUGGAUGGAUGAAGAGGAUUAUCGUGCCGCUUGUAAGGCGGAGGGAUAUGAGACACCUGAUAAUAUCUGGAACUAAUACACUCCAGUUCGCCUCCCGUUAUUUGCAAGUCCCUUGUUUCUCCAUAAAGACCGUAUUCAAACACAGCAUCUCAUGAGGUGUGUA